UAAUGCUAUCGUCCUUUCUAUCGUCCUGCCUAGACGGCUCGAUGGAACCACUGCGCUUCCGAGGCCGGAAGGCGUCGAGGCCGCAUGUGACAGCGUCACCGGUCCUUGUGGAGUUUGGCAAGCUUGGUGGUGGCAUCGCUGGACAGCGCCGUAAGAGACACGCGACCGCAUCGGCCACGGCAACACUGACACCGUCUUCGACACCAGCCGAUGACGACCAGGGUGCACUGAUGCACGCCACGGCCGCUUUGUAUGCGAGCUGUUUGCGGAAUGGAAACAAUGGAGGAGACUGUCUAGUCCAGCCACAGACACUAUACCGUGCGCUCUGUGCAGAUGGAGCACGAACAAUUCUCAUACUCAGAGAUGCCCAAGAGAUUGUACACGAAUGGGAGACCAGUGGCCGCGACCGGAUUGUCAGCAGCCCCGAGCUCUCACCUGUUCGACAUAAUGGCUCCACUGGCCCAGAGAUCAACAACAACCCGAUGGAAUCGGGCUCCAAGCUCCAAACUGUGUCCGUGACGAAGCCGUGGCAGAGAAUCGUUCCCCUCGACCGGACAACAUCAGAGAGCGAUCAUCACACACAUCCGAGAACCGAGGAGGAAGUCGUGCCAGAGAGCCAGGAUGGCUGUCAUGUUGCCGAGAAUGACGGCGAGCGUGACGACCGCGUGUGGAUCGCGUGGUCUUCAAGACGCGUCCCAUCUGCCGACGGCAGCGCCGAGGAAGAAGGCGUGGAACUGACGCUGUGCGGCGGUGACGAGACCUCCACAACCAGUGGCCGUGGCAGCACCUGCUCGGCGACUGCACGCGACGCAUCUCGCACCGAUCCCUUCUCAGAUGUCUUCAGCGACCUCUCGGAUUCAGACAGGUGA